AAUAUAAUAAGAUUAUUUCCAAUUAGUGUAGAAAUUUUUCUAAAGUUUUCCUCCACCAUCAUUGACAUAGUUUCUCUAUAUUCCCCCUCUUCUUCUCUUUCCAAGACCCAUAAAAAAAAAAUCAAUUUUUUUUUUUUUAUGAAUAAUCUCUAGUAGCUAUGAGGUGAUUAUACCAACAUAACCAUCAUCGAUCGAUCUACCAUGGCUAGUAGUAGCAACAAAGGCAAAGGCAUAGCAGAUGGAUCGUCGCAAUCUCAAUCGCAACCACAACCGCACCAACCGCACCAACCGCAGUCACCUCCUAACCCACCAGCGUUAAGCAGGUACGAGUCACAGAAACGACGAGACUGGAACACGUUUUGUCAAUACCUGCGUAACCAGCAGCCACCAGUUCACAUCUCGCAGUGUGGCUCAAACCACAUCCUCGAUUUCCUCCAAUACCUCGACCAAUUCGGGAAGACGAAGGUUCAUGUCCAUGGAUGCGUUUUCUUCGGACAGGUUGAGCCGGCGGGACAGUGUAACUGUCCUUUAAAACAGGCGUGGGGGAGUUUAGAUGCGUUGAUCGGACGGCUAAGAGCGGCUUUCGAGGAAAACGGAGGGUUGCCGGAGAGAAACCCUUUUGCCGGCGGCGGGAUUAGGGUUUUUCUGAGGGAAGUGAGAGAUUCGCAGGCAAAGGCAAGAGGAGUUCCGUACAAGAAAAGAAAGAAGAGGAAGAAGAGGAAUCCUAUGAAGAGUCAUGAUGGUGAAGAUGGUACUACGGGAACUAGUAGUAGCUCCAACUUGCCUUCUUAGCAAGCAAACAAAAAAAAAUCUACUAUAAUAAAACAAAAGUGGGAUUAGUUAAUGGUAAGCAUUUUAUUAAUAUAAUCAUUCUCUAUUUAAUUACCACGUACUGAUCUGCAGCAAUUCCACACAUGUAUUAAAUCGAUCUUGAUAGUAAGCUUUUAUUGCACCCUUGAGUUUUUUACAUGCGAAACCAUAAGACAUCCUAACCUAUGAUCUUUUCAUAUAUAUUAUAUAUAUACCAUGUGAAUCAUGAGAUUCAUAAUCACUUGCGUGA